AUGAGGGAACACAACCGCCGAUCACCGACUCCAAUCACCCACACCAUCCCAGGUUAUUAUGGCACGGUCGGUUCCGGCCAGCUAGGUUCGUUUUCCGACCAUUUCCUUGCCGCCGGAUUCCGGCCGGAAGUUCAAACAGCUGUCCCGGAAUCGGCUCAGAUUUCAACGGAUCCAGUCGCCGGAAUGAUCGACCUGGGAUCAAAUCUCUCCAGUCCAAAGGAUAAUCACUCGUCUUCUCUAACAAAUCAAUGUGAAAUAAAUGAAUUAAAACAUCAAAAACAAUAUCGAUCAGCUGAAUCUAUCAAUACAUGUAUGACUAAAGCACGUUUAUCUGGUAUGAUACCGAAUUUGUUUUCUUCACAUCGUCCACGUAGUGCCAAUUGCUGA